CGAAACAUAGCACAACGACAAAGGUAUUCCCGCGCUCUCUCUUUCAGAGUCUCAACUCGACACCAGCGCGUGCGCAUGCAUCCUGGGCUUUUCCCUCCUCCUCUUCAACCCACCUGCGUCUGCACUGCUACAGCCAGGCAGGCUGAGGAGCCAUGGCGACAGCCGGAGUGAAGCGGUCCUACGUGGCCACCGCCAUGAGCGAUGAGGAGGACCAUCACCACCACCAACUCGAGAAUCCUGCAAAGUUCAUCCGCGUCGACGGUCGCAAUGGCCACUCUGCGUCGCCUAGCCAGCCCCAGAGCCCGAGGACCAACAGCAGCAGCAGAUAUUCCAUGGCUGCGUGUUCACGACCAGAGACGCCAAUCACGAGACCAGCAACACCCGUGGCCCAUCUUCCUAGCGAGGUUCCGCCAUUCCCUGCCGAUGCCUCCAUUGUCCUUGCCGGCAUUCGCGGUGCAGGCAAAUCAACGCUCGCCAUCAUUGCCUCGACCGCCAUGGAACGGAGGGCCGUCGACUGCGAAAAGGCCUUCCAACAAGUCACUGGCCUGACCAGCUUCGCGUAUAAGAGGGCCCAUGGCCCCGCUGAAUGCCACCGCCGGCAGACAGAUGUCCUUCGAGACCUCCUCGACCAGAACUCCAAGAGCACCUUGAUUGUGUGCAGUUGGAUGGAACGCGGGGUCCAGACGCUCUUGAGGGAGUUUUGUCGUACACAUCCCGUCGUCCAUAUCGUGCGGGACGUCAAGGCUAUUCAAGAGCACCUAAAGAUCGAGGACGAAGAUAAGGCAAGAAAUUUGCUGGCGGCCAGCAGCACCAUUUUCCGGACAUGCAGCAAUCUUGAAUUCUUUAACGUCUCCGAGACGGCCGAUCCAUGGAUCGAAACCGAUGCCGCGAGAAUUGAGGCUCACGCUGGUGGUCAAAAGCCACCUGCUCCCUACCUGACUUUGAAGCGGGCAGAGAGGCAUUUCUUGAAGUUCCUCAGUCUCAUCAUGCCUAAGGGUUCAAUUCCGUUCAUCGAGUCGGCUUUCCCGUUGGCUUCCAUACCUACCGAGGACAGACGGUUCACUUACGCCAUCUCGGUCUCUCUUUCAAGCCUGCUGAACAAUGAACUCGCCAUUGAAGAGCUCGAGACCGGAGCAGAUGCUAUUGAGAUCGUCCUCGACGGAAUCGCUGGUGCACAGUCAUUAGACUCCGAACGAGCCGCCGACAUUGCCAGAAUCAUAGGGUCCAUAAGGAGGAGCACCGUGAUACCAUUGAUGUACCACGUUGUUCUUCCAGAUUCUUCAGAGUCAGUGUACACCGAUUACAUACUACACGGCCUGCGACUCUGCCCUGAAUACCUCACUGUCGACCUCCGCCUAAACGACUUCCAACUGCUGCACAUCAUCUCUAUGAAGAGGCGCUCAAAGAUAAUUGGUCAUUUGACGCCUGCGGCCGACUCGCCACCCUGGUCAGACCCUUUUUGGAUGUCACAAUAUCAUAGAGCACGGCGUCUAGGAUGCGAUCUGGUUCGGCUUGUCAAGCCAGUGACCUCGAUUAAGGACAAUUUUGAUAUCAGCCACCUCAAGGCCCUUGUUGAGGCAUCUACCGGCCACAAAAUCCCACUCAUCGCUUACAACUCUGGACCUCGUGGCAGACACUCGGCGGCCAUGAACCACGUCCUGACCAGUGUUGUGCCAGAGAAGCCCAUACCAUCGAUUCACAACCCUAAUCAGCCAUGCUUGACAGCAGCUCAAGCGACGCAGGCACUCUACAACUCGUUUCUGUUCGACCCUAUGAAGAUUUACGUCUUCGGUGCCCACGUCUCCUACAGUUUAUCACCAGCCAUGCACAAUGCCGCUCUGAAGGCUUGCGGCAUCCCGCACCUCUACCGACCGUUCUCGACGCCUUCCCUGAACGGGCUACGAGAGCUCAUUGAGGAUCCUUACUUCGCGGGUGCCAGUGUUGGCUUGCCCUUCAAAGUCGAAAUCAUCACCCUCACCCACUCUCUGAGCCGACACGCGCAGGCGAUAGGCGCAGUCAACACACUCGUUCCUGUUCGUCGACUAAAUCCCGACGGCACUAUUCCAGAAGACGAGAAGCUCUUCAACUGCCGCAAUCGCGCCGGGCCGGUAAGGGCGCUCUAUGGAGAAAACACGGACUGGAUUGGCAUCCGGGCUUGCAUUCGCAGAGGCCUCUCUCCCGCCAAUGCUGUACGAACCUCGAGCUGCGGUCUCAUCAUCGGAGCUGGUGGUAUGGCUCGCGCGGCGACCUACAGCAUGCUGCAGCUCGGAGUCAAGAAUAUUGUUGUCUACAACCGGACAAUUACGAAUGCGGAAAAGAUGGUCAAUCACUUCGCACGCCUGUUAAAACGGCACGACCUACCACUCCUCAGCGCAACUUCGGACGUGGAGACGAAAUUUCACAUUAUCCGAAACCUGGAUGAGCCAUGGCCCGAAGACUUCCGACUGCCGACAAUGAUUGUCUCUUGCAUCCCGACGCAUAGUAUUGGCGAUGUCCCCGCACCCAACUUCGAGGCGCCACAGGCAUGGCUGGGUAGCCCGACUGGCGGUUGUCUGGUUGAGCUGGGCUACAAGACAUUGGAUACACCGAUCUUGAACCAAGCGAGGAAAGUAUCGCACCGAGGUUGGGUUACUAUGGACGGUCUUGAUCUGUUGCCUGAGCAGGGUUUCGCUCAGUUUGAGCUAUUCACAGGUAGACGAGCACCACGUAGGCUGAUGCGAGGAGAGGUUUUCCGUGCCUAUCCCGACGGACACGACCGCUCCGCACUUGCACAGCUGCAGCCGCGUUUGAACAAUAUUGUCGAGCAGGAGCCCUAAGAUUUCUUUCCUAUGGGCAUGGAGUAAUGAUAACAGGAGACUAUGACGAGAGAGCAGUUCAUUCUAUACUGCUAGCCAAGAUACCACAGCAACGUACACGACUAAUAAACGAGUAAAAAUAAUUGACCCCAUGUCUCACAUGCUCCUUUGACACCCGCAUCCUUCCUAACUGCGAAAUUUUCUACUCGCUUUAAAAGCUUAGGCUUUAUGUGCUUCGUUGAUCAAUUUAUUUCUGCCCUCAGUAAAGCAAGUGGAUAUGUUGGAUGUUACUACCAUCAUAGUAGCUGAGAUGAGGGAAAUCAAUCAAGUAAGUACAUCGCUCCUGGUCGGCACUACCUCCAGCUUCCAUUCUUGAAUUCACCCGGUUCCUCCGUUAAAGCCC